CCGGAAGCUGUACCGGCUGACUUCCUGCUUCUUCGCAGGCCGGCUUCGCUGGCAUCGGCCCGCCCGGUGGGCCCCUGGGUGGGCGGCGAGGCCAGUCCGGCAUGCCCCGCUAUUAUGAAGACAAGCCCGAGGGCGGCGCGUGCUCGGGUGUGAAGGAGGACCUGGGCGCGUGCCUGCUGCAGUCGGACUGCGUGCUGCAGGAAGGAAAGUCGCCCCGGCAGUGUUUGAAGGAAGGCCACUGCCAAGCGUUGAAGUACUCCUUCUUUGAGUGUAAAAGAUCAAUGCUGGAUGCCAGGUCAAGAUUCAGAGGAAGAAAAGGAUAUUGACAUCAUAAUGCUGAAGCCAAUGUGAAAACAGCAAAGGAUUUUUCUCUGAUCUUUAACAUGGAGAAGGCAAAACAAGAGUAGUUUUUGCUACAUGUGUUUGUUAGUCUGGGUUUGCCCUCCAGGCACUGGAAGAAAUGGAUGAGCAGUUCUGUUUUUGAAUAUGCAUAAAGUGAUUCUUUUGAGCUAAGUUAUUUUUAGAAGAAUUGGAAUAGUUGCCGGAUGGGAGCACAAUCAAUGGGUUUUAUGUUGGGAAUCCAAGAAUGGGAGGACUGUUCAAUUCCAACCUGCCUUGUAGUAUGUGGCGUGUACAUGUAAAAGCCACUGAUGGGACCGAUACAGUCGAUGACAUGGAGCCUGUCCAGAUGUUUGUUGGGAGAGUUUAGAGGAAAACUAUUUUUGUAUUCACUCUGUCCAACUUAGUUCUAAAAUAAAUUGUUUAAUUCCUGGAAACAGAAA